UCGUCCGCUCGCGCUCCAUUGUUUUCGACUCCCUAUCUCGCCUCGGGACCACGCAAUCAGCCACUUUCGCCAUAGCUCCGCCAUCCAACAUGGUUACUCUUCGGGAGGUUACCGGGCGUGUAUGGGACUUUAUUAGUCCUCGCAAAACCCAAAAGCGUCGCGACAAACCGUUCAAGACUCCGUCCGCUGUCCGACCCCGAGUCCCCUCAGAGCCAGCGGAAGGAGCGAAGAUCACUCAAUGGAACAGUCAAAUCACUACGCCGAGCCCAUCUGGUGUGAUCGACCCAGUCAUGCUCCCGCCAUCCCCUCCUAUAUCAGUACAGCCGGCGACUUCUAUUGAAGCGGUCAUGGAAUACGAAAGCAAUGAUGAUGUCCUGUCCUCUGUCGAGGAAUCCCCAACCGGUGACUCAAACGAGCAUGGAUGGGACGCGAAUGAGGAUACGGUUCUUGCAGACGAUAGCGCCUUCCUCGAACAGCGCAGAAAGACAGACAAGGAACAGGAGAGACUGCGACAAGAAGUCCAAGGUCGUGAGUUGCGUGAAGCGGGUUGGCCUGAAGAUGCUGUAUUCUUGUUUCAGAAACUGCACAUGCGCGGUCUAGAGCCACUGAUGCCCUACGAAUGGGCGAAGGACUUUGUCAGUUUGCCGUGGGACCUCUUCACCUCCAACGACAACAGAGCCUUCAUUAAGGCCGACGGAGGAAGCGACUUUCGAGCUCAACAUGCUCUUGAGGAACUGUUCAAUGUCGGAGGCUUUGCUCGCGACGCCAUAACUACGAAGGCGCUCAUCCGUACACCCGAGUUCCACAUUGCUACAGCGAUCCAGAAAUACAGUCUUUGGGCCUUGAAAGACGUUGGUAUGGAUCGCACAUGGAAGGAUAUUUCUCUUUUCAGGGUAGUGAUUUCAAACAAGAACACUGUGCCUGCUGUUAGCGAGCACAAAAUGAUCAAGAAACUCGCCAAAUUAUACGCUCGUUGGCGGGACGCCCUCUACACCCACAUCAUGAACAGUGGAAGCGGCUCCGAGUACACGCCGGUACCUGACGAGCCACCUACUAUCUAUGGUGUCAUUGCGUCGUACACUGUUAUGGCUUUCGUUAGCUACGUCCCACCUACGCAAUCUAAAAACGAAAAGGCGACCUUGCGCACGAUUGCGAUCUUCAACUUUGGCGAGGAGGGCUAUGAUGUAUGGAACUCGCUCGCCAUCGCAAUCUUUGUGAUUCACUGUCGCAACAGAAUGAAGCAACUUCGCGAUUUCUUGCCCGAGCCUCUGCCUACAAUCGAGGAAGAUCCUGAUCUAUGA